UUUAACUUGAAACAAAAAUAAAAAAUGUCGUUAUUGAAACGCAUCAAAAAGUAUGUGACUGGAUCUUCACAAACCAGUGAAAAGAAGUUUGCUGUGAUAAAGAGUAUCAAUAAGGAAUCUUCGACCACUUUUGAUCCUAAGAACCCGCCGCCUGAAUUAAGUGAGCGGGAAGUACAGAUUAUAAAAGACUGCUGGGCAAUAGUUCAACAGAGCGUGGCCGAAGUUGGAAUUAUUACCUUUGUCGGUCUGUUUGAGACCCAUCCAGAAGUACACGAUGCCUUCAUGUCAUUCCGAGCAGUUAACACAUCUGACCUCGAAUACAAUGCAAUUCUUCGUGCGCAUGCGCUACGAGUGAUGGGGACUGUAGACAAGUGUAUUAAUAGACUUGACAACAACAUCAAAAUACGAGAGCUCAUGACAAACUUGGGAAUUCGGCACAUAAAUUAUUCCGUGAAGAUUGAAUAUAUGGAUUUGAUGGGUCCUCAGUUCAUCAGCUCCAUCAAGCUCCAUUUGAAAACAAUUUGGACAGAAGAGCAUGAGAAAUCCUGGGAGAAUUUAUUCAGGUUCAUGUGCUACUACAUUAGGAAGGGGAUGUGUAGUAUAUGA